AUGGACGCCGUUCUGUUGGAGCACUUUCCCGGGGGCCUGGACACAUUCCCGUCUGCUUACUUCGAUGAGGAAGACUUCUUCACCGAUCAGUCCUCUCGGGACCCACUGGAGGACGGUGACGAGCUGCUGGGGGAUGAGCAGGCGGAGGUGGAGUUCCUCAGUCACCAGCUGCACGAAUACUGCUACCGCGACGGGGCAUGCCUGCUGCUUCAGCCCGCACCCUCGGCCGCCCCGCAUGCGCUCGCCCCGCCGCCUUUGGGGGACCCCAGCGAGCCCGAGGACAACGGCGGCUACUGUUGUGAGACAGGGGCUCCCGUAGGCCGCUUCCCCUACUCGCCCGGCUCGCCGCCCUCGUGCCUUGCCUACCCUUGCACCGCGGUACUGUCCCCUGGGGCGCGGCUCCGUGGUCUGAACCGGGCGGCUGCAGCGGCGGCAGCACGGCGACGGCGACGCGUGCGCUCCGAGGCGGAGUUGCAGCAGCUGCGACAAGCAGCCAAUGUGCGCGAGCGACGCCGCAUGCAGUCCAUAAACGACGCCUUUGAGGGGCUGCGUUCGCACAUCCCCACGCUGCCCUACGAAAAGCGCCUCUCCAAGGUAGACACGCUGCGCUUGGCCAUAGGCUACAUCAACUUCCUCAGCGAGCUGGUGCAAGCGGACCUGCCACUGCGCGGUGGUGGCACAGGUGGUUGCGGGGGCCCAGGUGGCAGCAGGCACUUGGGCGGGGACAGCCCGGGGAACCAGGUCCAGAAAGUCAUCAUCUGCCAUCGAGGCACCCGCUCGCCCUCCCCCAGUGACCCGGAUUAUGGCCUCCCUCCUCUUGCUGGGCACUCUCUCUCAUGGACUGAUGAAAAACAGCUCAAAGAACAAAAUAUUAUCCGUACAGCUAAAGUGUGGACCCCAGAGGACCCCAGAAAACUCAACAGCAAAUCUUUCGACAACAUAGAGAAUGAACCACCUUUUGAGUUUGUAUCCUGA